CGAGUGCAGCUUUAAAACCCCCCACAAUGCACCGCGCUGUCCCGGAGCCGUUGCCAUGUUAGAGCAGUAUGGGGGAGUUUCCCGCAGAAUGCGCCGUUACACAUCGUGAAAACUUUUCCCUCUGAUCGUUAGUCCGCUCGUUUCAGUCUUCCUCUUGCUGCAGGAAAACCUCCAUGUUUGUUUACAAAGCCUUCAUAACGGAUAUCCCCAUCCGGCGAGUGUGUUAAUAGGCAGGAAAAUGAACAAAACUGCGUUUCGUUGUCCAUUUCUUCACCAAACUUCAGACGCGGUAACGUCAGGUCUGGGAAAAACAGUCAAAACGGGUUGUUUUCUUCAGGCUACAGAUUAAAGUGUGGCCGUGUUGACUGGUGCUAAUCACAGCUGCGGUCUGCAGGAAUGAGGAAGCAGAGCUAGAGGCCCAACUCUGCAGCGCCUGUGUCAGGAUGGAGCUGAAGGUUUGGGUGGAUGGAAUCCAGCGAGUGGUCUGUGGAGUCACAGAGGCCACCACCUGUCAGGAAGUGGUCAUUGCACUGGCUCAGGCUAUAGGUCGCACUGGACGCUACACACUAAUCGAGAAAUGGAGAGAUUCUGAGCGACACUUGGCUCCUCAUGAGAGCCCCGUAGCCUCGUUAAACACUUGGGGUCAGUAUGCUGGCGAUGUCCAGUUCAUUCUGCACCGCACUGGCCCUUCUCUCACAGAGCGCCCUCCAUCGGAGGGGCCCCCUGUCUCCCGGGGCCCUGAGCGCGGCCUGCACCGCCAGAGCCUCCCUAUUAUGGCUAAGCUCCGCGCCCAGGGUGAGCGAUCUCUCCGCCGUCGUGAACCACGCCGCAAAUCCCUCACAUUUACUGGGGCGCCACGUGGCCUUAGAGACAUCCUUAAUGGCACGAGAAUUGGAGAAAGAGACUCUAAGCGCUGUGUUGUUCUGAUGAACAGUGCCCCACAAAGCCUGUCCAGAUCCCCACGGCUACCUUCAAGUCGCGUGGAAGAGUUGACCCGCCUUGUGAGGCUGCAGAGGGAGUCUCUGACUGUUCUGGAGCGCCGAACAGAGGCAUGCGAUGCAGAGCUGCAGUCAUGGAGCCAAAAGAGACCAAACACCGAGGACUCCUGGGCAAUCAUGACGGAGGAGAUGGUGCGGCUAGAGCAGCAACUAUGUAGGAACCAGGUGGAGGUGGAGGAGGAGGAGUUUUGGGCCAGCGAGCUACAGAUUGAGCUUGAGAGCGAGAGGCAGCUGGAAGAGCGGCUGCAGGAGGUGCGCACUCGGCUCCGAGCCUGCGAGACUGAGCUGGAGCAGAGGCUGUCCCGUCUGCAUGGCAUGGAGGCAGGGCUGGAGGCCCAGCGGCAGCAGGAGCAGACGAGGGAGAACCAGCUGUGGAGUGAAGGAGAAGUGAAGGCCAGGCUGCAGACAGUGAAGGCUGAACUCAAAGCUCAGGCUCAGCACACAGCACAGUUGGAAAACAGCUGCAGGGCUGUGGAGAGGUCACUGAGUCAGUCUAGUAAGAGACUGCAGGAUAGUCAGUAUGAGCUUGAGCAGCUAACUAAAGAGCUGAGGCAGGUGAAUCUUCAGCAGUUCAUCCAGCAGACUGGCACUAAAGUGACCGUGCUGCCUGUGGAACCUAGUGACGUGGAGGCCAGCAUCCCCCCUGUGCCUCAGGAAUCAGAUUUCGCAGCACUGACUGGUUCGUUGAAGCGCCCAGGCCUGUCUCAUGCAGUUGGAGUUAACCUGCGGGUGCUACACAGCCCCAUCACCUCAGCCCUCAACCCUGAGGGCAUCUACGUCUGAGGAACACUUGCAAACACCUUUACACAGCCACUGAAAAACAUCUGAGUUUUUCAACAGUCCUUGCGAUUUCAUAAAAGUAUUAAGUGAUGCAUCAAGACUGUUUAGAAAGGCAGUCACAGGAAGUGAAUUGUUGGUUAAGGCCGGUAGUUAAUGUUUGUCUUUGCAAUGUUGGACAGCAGAUGGAGCAACACAGUAAAAAGCGUGAAAGAGAAAUGAAGGUAUACAUUAUCAGAGGUGGGUAGAGUAGUCAAAGAUUUUACUUGAGUACAAGUAAAACUACUUAUAAAAAAUAAUUACUCAAGUAAUAGUAAUAAUGUUAAUAAUUACUUGAGUAAGAGUAAUAAGGUAGCCAACGCAUUCCGGAUGCAUUCAGACCACAGCAGCGUACCGUGAGACUCGCGACCUCAUUAUACAUGAUAUAAACUAAUUAUUAAUACUACGUAACUGUAUUUAUUAAUAUUUAACAGUAACAGAGGAACACCACCAAAUGUAGCGAAGUAAAAGUACAUUUCUGUGACUAAAAAUGAACUUGAGUAAGUAUGGCCAGUUAAACCUACUCUUAGAAGUACUUUUUCUUUUUUCUUUUUUUUCUUUUUUUUAAAGUUACUCAAGUAAAUGCAGCAUGUUACUACCCACCUCUGUACAUUAUUUUGGUAAUGGUAAACUGGAAACAUACCUCAAAACAAGACCCAUCUGUUAGCUGUAAUAUCUGCUAUGAACUCUGAUAAAAGAAUGUUUAUUUCCUGUAUGGUGACUGUGGGGCAACAGACCUGUAUGAGGAAGGACAUAUUUAGGGAUGAGUUACUUCAGAAAUGUGAAUAUAUUUUAUUGCAAAGCUGUUUAAUUGUUAAUUCAUCCACAAAGUGAGUUGUUCACAUAAGCAUCAUGACACCUGCACCUUUCUGUCUUUACUGUGGCAUCAUAUUUUUUGCUGAAGUUUAUAUUUUGCCACAGUUGGUAUUAUUUCUUUGCGUACUCCACAUUUACAUUUUUUAGCGAUGUUGAGCCAAAGAUGCCUGCUAAUAUGUAUAUUUUUGGUAGCCAUAAUCAAACUGCUUGGAUGCAGUUUUAUAGCAAUACAUCUCUGGCUAUAUAAUUAGCUCAUUUUCAUCAUGUUUACCUUUUAGGUUUUACUAAUAUAUAUAUAUAUAUAUAUAUAUAUAUAUAUAUAUAUAUAUAUAUAUAUAUAUAUAUAUAUAUAUAUAUAUAUAUAUAUAUAUAUAUAUAUAUAUAUAUAUAUAUAGCUUAUGCAAGACAAUUUGCCAUGGACAUGUGUAAAACCAAGCUUUGCAUUCGUAUUAAAUAAACUUUGCAGUAUUACAGUAUAUUAUGCUUGACAAAUCAUAGAUUGGGCUCUGUCAAUUAACCAGUUUAUAACUGUUAUAAUUGUAAUCAGUGCCUUAAAUCUUUAUUGAAGCAUUAACAUGAUCAAAUCCAGAUCAAAAUGGGGAGCUCCCAAGUCUGUUUAUAUGAGAAACAGAUGGUGAUGGUGAACUAACAUGCAUCUUUUAUUUUAUAUAAAAACACAUCGGCUGUGUUUGAAGUCCCUCGUUUUAUUUCAUUUUCUUUGUUCAUACUGCUACACAAAACACUAAGUGGGGGACAAGUGUGUGAAUCAUGGCAUCACCCAGUUUCAGAAGCUUCAGGCAUGCUAGCAUAAUAUUUUAUGUACCAUUAUUUAAAGGAAUUAAUGCUCAGUGCUCUCUGGUGGCAUUUUAAUAAAAGGCCUUGUAUAUAGACUAUAAAUCACACAUGUUCUGUAAAUGUUGAACUAUAUGAACUAGAUGGAAAUUCAGACUGGGCAAUAGUGUUAUCCACUACAAGCUGGUGCAUUAAAUUGAUAGGGAUUCCAAACACAGCCACUGUUGCUUUGUGCUCACUGCUGCAUUUUAUGCAUUUUAUGUGCUUGUGAAGAGUGUCAAUUUUUAGUUUCUUUAAAUAUUUUUUCUACUUUGAAACUGUAUUUUAAAAAUGUGGUAAUGCCAUUGAUAUGUAAAUGAUACAUAUUGCUUAUAAAACUCUUUGUGUUUUAUUGCACUGCAUUUCAACAUUAAAAUCAAAUUAACACGUGUUUAA